CUCCCACUAGAGUUACCAUCAGGAAAGUGACAACAAUUCAGGACAUGUCAGACAAGAAAUGUCAACAACGAAAAGAAUGGAGGGAUACGCACAGAAAGCGGCAGAAGAUACUCCAUAUCCCAGACAGUCCUCAAUGGGGCCCAUACAGUCUGGAUUUCCCGACGUUCGGCAACACGGGCAUUCUUGAGCUCCAAAGAUUCAUGCGCGAGUUGGAAUAACGAAGCAAGUUGGGCGAAAUCAAGGGAGGAUAUUAUCGCAGAUUUCAUGAGAAGCUUACGGACCUCUAGUCGCCCGCUGGAGAUAAUUGCGUUGGUACCAUCUAUCUUCCCUUCAUCAUAUGAAGACGUGGUUUUUUUGAAGGAUUCACAGGCACUGCAUAACCGCCUCGGUGAAAAGUUCAAGAAACCGCUUCUUCAUCGGGCCUCAUUAUCCGGAAAUUCACUUUGUGACCGCCACCUAAGCUUGGAUGCCUUCUGGGCUCAUCUACGUGAGCAACCCACCAAGACGAUAGAUGUCUACGACUACUCAGUUGUAGAUUCUGCAUCAAGAACACGACAGAUGACAGUCCAGGAAGUCCUGUUACAUUGGGAGCGCCCACAGCGCGAGCGACAUGCUCUCAAUCUCCUAGAUAUCGAAAAAAAAUCGGAGACUUUUGCCCUACCGAGAUAAUGCAGCAUGAUCUUUACAGCAAAAUAUCUCGCCUAUCCCCGGACAACGUCGGAAAAACAAAUUCGGGCUGGAAGGAUUAUAGAAGAGAGUUCUUCCUUCUUAGCGGAGUAAAUGCGAUAUUGUCUAUUCAUGUGGACAACGGUGGUCAGCUAACAUGGAUCUUGAUUCUCGAAGGCCGGAAGAUCUGGUACUUUUCUCGUAAACUGACUAGCGAUGCUGUUCGAUUCUUGGCCGUUAUGGGUUCACAGUAUCCUCGAGGAUAUGAAGAAGGUUGGGCAAGGGUAGAGCUAUGCGCCGGAGACCUGUUAAUUAUGCCUCCUAGUUGUCCACAUGCAGUGUUCACCCCAGACGACUGCCUUGCAGUUGGUGGCCAUUCCUAUACGGCUGCACACCUUGGUUCAACGCUCCGUGGGCUCAAACUUCAGGAAGAUUAUCCAGUUAUAUGCAACGAAGACCUACUACCCGACUUCUAUGAUAUACUCCGUGGCGUUUUUCAGAACGCGCAUAGCAUCAGCGAAUCUUUACAGCAAGCCGAUAUCUUGUCGUCGUCUUCCUUAUUUCUUGAUGCCCUCGACGUGGCAUCCCUGGCCCCUUUGUUCAGAGCUAAUAGGCGCAAUGGCAAUUCUCGUGGCGCUACUAAUCAACACUCUAAAAUCUUGGAACAACUGGAAUCGAAACUGACUAGCCACGGAUGUCUUCCGAUAAAUCGUCCUCUCUUCCUUGAUGCCCUGGAAAGUUUUCAGAGAAAGAUUUUGAGGGAUAUGGAGAACGAGUGUUAGGAUCAAGACCCUCAAUGUGUUUAGUUUACGAUUGUAUGUUGAUCGAUCUGAGAUCUUGCGAGCAUAUUAUGCUAGGAAUACAAAAAUGGCUCUACACAAUAACAGUAAAUCGUCAUAUCUGCCGAUAAUCGAGGGAAGUCCAGUAUUCAGAGCGAGCGUCAAAGUUGGCCAGCAAAAAAGGAAAUAAUCUCUUUCUGUCCUCCUCUCCUCUAUAAGAAACAUAAUUCCUGUUUUAUUAACUUUGGAAUUGUUACCCAGCUCAAAG